UUUUGUUCCGACAUUGAUUUUGUUGAAAAUAUUUUUAUUAAUUUCGUAUAUAAAAUCUGCAUCACGUAAUUUAUCAUCAGACGACCAUGGCGAGGGGUGUGUUGCAGUGGUUUUCUGUUCUCCUAAUCGGUGCGGCACUAGCACAGCCGGUCCCGGAUCCACAAUACCCAUGUGAUCCCUGCGCGGACCCGUGCGACCCAUGCCCCGAACCAGAACCAGACCCAUGCGAUCCUUGCCCGCCACCAUGCCCAGACCCUUGCGACCCAUGCCCUCAGCCAUGCGAGCCAUGCCAGGAACAAGGUGUCGUGCAGAUCAAGCCGUGCAACCCUAAUGGGCCUGACGUGAAUUAUGUCUAUGGUCGUGCACCGUAUGGCUCAGUGCUAGUAAAACCGGGGCAAAUACGUUUCCCCCGACCAGCACCAAUUGUGGUACGUCCAGGGACAGUGACGCCACCAAAUCCUCCCACCAUAUUUGUCAAACCUGCCCCAGUGCAACCACCAACACCGGCACCGAUAUACGUCAAGCCACAACGAGUGCAUCCACCGACGCCCGCACCCAUUACUGUGAGACCUGCCCCCGUUUACCCCCCAAGGCCAAGACCCAUUCUUGUAAGACCCCCACCGGUUGUGCCUCCUAGGAUACCACCGAUCAGAGUACAACCACAAAAGGUCUGCCCACCAACACCACCCGCUCUCGUGGUCCAACCACCAAAACUAAUCGUCCCACAACCCCCCAUCAUCUGUUUUAAGCCAAACCCAACAAUACCAGUGCGAACAUGUGGUUGUGCACGCAUAAGCCUAUACAACCCAUGUCCACCACCACCUCCACCAUGCGAACCACCACUCCCACCAUGCCCCUGCCUUUUAUAGAUAUGCCAAAUCAAAGCAUUCACUACUGAAUAUAAGUUCCAAUUGACCUCUGCACACUAAAUGGCCGAUUGAACAACAUGCUUCCACCUUCUGUAGAACGCAGAACAAGAAAUUACCUAAGGGAUCCAAUAUAGCAAGAUCUAAAACUGG